GCAAUUUUUGUGAAGAAGGACGUUGAAAACCCUUUUUGUGUUUCUAGCGAUUGACGAAUUGCCAUAGAAGUUCUACUUUCUUAUCGAAUUCUUCGACAGACAGAUAACUUGUGUCUUCUUCGACAACGAAAGGCGUUCUGGGUUGUUUCUCAGUUCAUCGGAAACAUGCAGUCCUCGGAAACUUCAUCGAACCCAACAAACCCGUUGAAAAGAAGGUUUGAAACGAUGAUGAAUGAUUCUUCUAAUAGCCAAGAAUCCAGACAUUCGGAAGCCACGAUCAUUCCCCAACCUAACUUGACUCCCAGAGAGUAUCAGUUGGAUGUGUUUAAGGUGGCUAUGCAGCGAAAUACCAUAGCACAUCUUGACACCGGAGCCGGAAAAACAAUGAUAGCCGUCAUGAUCAUCAAAGAAGUUGUACAUUCUCUUAGAAAACAACCAUCUGAAAAGAAAUUGGUGAUUUUCUUGGCCCCAACUCGAAAUCUUGUCGAACAGCAAUGUCAGGUUCUCAGGGAAAACACUGAUCUCAUGGUUGACUUUUACCACGGGUCUAAAGUGGGAUCUGGUGAAAAUCUUGAUGGAAAGAAGGUUGAUGAAUGGGAUGCUGCCGUGUGGGAACACGAGACAAACAAGAGUCAUGUAAUGGUUAUGACACCUCAAAUCUUGUUGGAUGCCUUGAGGAAUGCAUUUGUUAAUUUUGAAAUGAUAUGUUUAUUGAUAAUUGACGAGUGUCAUCGUGCUAGUGGUAAUCAUCCUUAUGUAAGCAUAAUGAAGGAAUUUUACCUCAAAUCCAUGAACAAGCCAAAGGUUUUUGGCAUGACUGCAUCCCCAGUUACUAAAAAAGGUGUCUCUUCGGCCAAAGACUGUGAAUCACAGAUAACAGCGCUUGAAAGUGUCUUGGAUUCUCUGGUUUACACGUUACGAAACAGGACAGAGCUGGAGAAUGCCAUCCCAUCUGCCUCGCAUAUCUAUUGUUUCUACCAGCCAUUCAAGGUUUCCCAUUCAGAACUAAAAGCCGAACUGGAAUUCUCAAGAUUGAAGUUUGAAGCACAACUGAUGAAGAUGCAAGUGUCACUGCAAAGUAGUUGCAAAGAUACCGACGAAAAGCAUGAGCUUCUGCGAAAGAGGUUAUCUAAUGAUCACGCUAAGAUUAUUUAUUGCAUUGAUGAACUGGGCCUUUUGUGUGCUUAUGAGGCUGUUAAAAUUUGUAUAGCGAAAGCCCCAAAAGCCGUUAAAGAACAUUAUUCCUUUCAGCAAAGCCAAUCAAAGUGUUUUUCUUUUCUAGAGGAAGCAUUAUCUAUUAUUGGGAAAUCUUUGCCAAAUGGCCAUGAAAAUAUUUUAGAUGCUGGAUGUGAUUAUGAAAAUAUGGUAACAGCUGGCCAUAUCUCACCGAAGCUAUAUCAACUCUUUCAACUUUUCCGGUCAUUUGGUGUUUCCACUUUCAGGGAAGCUACAAAAGUAUUGUGCCUCAUUUUUGUAGAGAGAAUUAUAACAGCUAAAGUUAUUGACAUAAUUGUGAAGAGAGUUGGAGACUUGUCUCAUUUGGAAGUUUCAUAUUUGACUGGUAGUAAAACUUCGGUCGAUGCAAUGUCAGCAAAACUGCAAAAAGAGACUCUUGAAUCUUUUCGGUCUGGGAAGGUGAAUCUACUAUUUGCUACGGAUGUUGUUGAGGAGGGGAUUCAUGUGCCGAAUUGUUCAACAGUGAUCCGUUUCGAUAUCCCUAAAACGGUUCGUAGCAAUGUCCAAUCACGAGGACGGGCUCGUCAAAGUGGCUCCCAGUUCAUCCUAAUGCUCGAGAGGGGAAAUGCAAAGCAAAGAGAACAUGUUUGUGACAUCAUUCGGAGUGAGUAUUCCAUGAUGGACAGUGCUAAAACGCGAGACCCUAACACAUGCACCGUAAAACCUUAUAACUUCAAAGAAAUGGAAACGUACAGUGUCGAGGCAACGGGAGCUUCUGUCACGGCCAAUUCUAGUGUCAGUCUCAUUCAUCGAUAUUGUGCAAAACUCCCAGGCGACAAGUACUACGCUCCGAAACCAAAAUUCCAAUUCUUACUGGUGGAAGGUUCACACCAGUGCAACCUGACUUUACCGCCGAACGCUGCUUUGCAAACAAUAACUGGUCCUCUGUGUAAGACUUCAAAUCUUUCAAAACAGCUUGUUUGCUUGGAGGCCUGCAAAAGGUUGCACCAAAUGGGAGCGCUCACCGACCAUCUAGUCCUUCACAAUGAAGAUCCUUCAGCGAACAAAUCUACUAAAAGUAUGAAAGAACCAUCUUCUGGUGCAGGGACUACAAAGAGGAAGGAGUUACAUGGGACCACCCCCAUUCGUGCUUUGUCGGGUACUUGGGGCGACAAACACGAUGACAGUGCUGAUUUUUAUGCUUAUAAAAUCAGUUUCACAUGUAGCAUUGUCAAUGUGAAGUAUUCAAGUUUCGUUCUUUUGACCGGAUCGAAGCUCGAUGAUGAUGUGGGAAAUAUCGAGAUGGAGUUGUACUUGGUCUCGAAGUCUGUAAAAUGCAAGGUUUCUUCAUCUGUGGAAUUGCAUCUCGAUGCAGAACAGGUAGCAAAAGCAAAGUGCUUCCAAGCGUUAUUCUUCAAUGGGAUAUUUGGGAAAUUGUAUAUCGGCACAAAACAAUCAGGAUUGGCAAGAGAAUUCUUGCUUCAAACUGACCAAACACUCUGGAACCCAUCAUACAUUUACUUGCUCUUGCCUCUGGAGUUGUUAGAACCCUUGACGAUCAAUUGGAAGGAGGUUGACUCUUGUGCAUCUGUGGUUGACUUUGUGAAGACAAAUUCCCAGUUCAGGGCCAAGCAGCAGUCCCGUGAUGGCGGAAUUACAACACUAGAGAACAUAGAUUCAGUUAUGACCGAUUUUGAUAGCAUCGAUAUGGUUCACUUCGCAAACGAAUCUAUUCAUAAAGAUGAGGUCAAAAAUGUCGUAGUUUUGGCCAUUCACUCUGGGAAGAUCUAUUCUGUUCUUGAGCUUCUUCAAGAUGCAACUGCUGAAAGUCCUUUUGAUGGAGAUACUGGCUCGAAUCCUCCAAGAUUUUCAUCGUUCAGCAACUAUUACGAGAAGAAAUAUGGAAUUGUUCUAGCCUACCCAAAACAACGAUUGUUGCUGCUAAAACAAAGCCAUAGGGCACAUAAUCUUCUUGUGGACUUCAAUGGUGAAGGCAUUUUACAUGGAAAGAAAAUACGGGCCGAGAGCUGUAAGGUGAAUACUGACAGGCUGAGAAAUCAUGUCCGUAUACCACCAGAACUUCUAGUCGUCGUCAAUGCAAGGCUGGAUGUUGUGAAAUCGUUCUAUUUGCUGCCAUCAUUAAUGCACCGACUCGAGUCAUUAAUGUUGGCUAGCCAGCUUCGUAAAGAGGUUACUGGCCAUUCUACUGACUUUCGCAUCUCAAGCUCAUUGAUUUUGGAAGCCAUCACCACUCUCAGAUGCAACGAGAGUUUCUCUAUGGAACGAUUGGAGUUGCUCGGUGAUUCAGUGCUAAAAUAUGCAGUGAGCUGUGAUCUCUAUCUUAAACACUCGACAAAACAUGAAGGGCAGCUUUCUUCUCAGCGGUCAUGGCAAGUUUGUAACUCGACCUUGUACGAGUUGGGAAUCAACCGUCAAUUACAGGGUUACAUAAGAGAUAGUGCAUUUGAUCCUACUAGGUGGACUGCGCCAGGCCAGCUUCCAUUACGGCUUCAAUCUUGUAAACAUGGUGUUGAUACGAUAGAAGUGCCUAUCCACAGCAAAUACCAUUCCAAAGAUGCACAAAAUUUGAUCGGGAAGUGUUGUGAUAUGGGCCACCGAUGGAUGGGCUCAAAGACGAUCUCCGACUGUGUUGAGGCUCUAAUUGGAGCUUAUUAUGUUGCCGGUGGGUUGACCGGUGCUAUUUGCUGUAUGAAAUGGCUCAGUGUAAGUUGCGAGCUUGAUGAAUCACGCAUCGAUGAAGCCGUUCGAAUUGCUUCACUCCACAAGUUCGCUCCAAAACUGAACGUCAUCAAGAAUUUAGAGUCGAAGCUUGGGUAUGAAUUUCGGGUUAAGGGUUUGUUGUUGGAAGCUAUCACACAUGCAUCUGAUCAAGAGCAAGGAGUUGGAUACUGUUAUCAGAGGUUAGAGUUUCUUGGUGACUCGGUAUUGGACCUACUUAUUACUUGGUAUCUUUACGAGAAGCACAAGGAUAUUGAUCCUGGAGAAUUGACGGACUUACGGUCAGCCUCUGUUAAUAACGAAAAUUUUGCUUAUGCUGCUGUGAGACGGAAUCUUCAUCCCCACCUCCAGUAUCGCUCUGGUUAUCUCCAAAGUCAGAUUGCUGAGUAUGAGAAGUUUGUAGCUACCUCUUCCACCGAUACGAACUCCCUCCAAACCAAGAAAAGCCCGAAGGCACUGGGCGACCUAGUUGAGAGUAUCGCAGGUGCCAUAUUGCUUGAUACUAAACUCAAUCUUGAUGAAGUUUGGAGAAUCUUUGAGCCAUUACUAUCUCCAAUAGUAACACCCGAUAAACUUGAGCUUCCUCCUUUACGUGAAUUGAUGGAAUUAUGCGACUCGAUGGGUUAUUUCACCAAAGACACAUGUAGAAUCAACGGUGAUACUGUAAUAGCUGAGCUACGAUUGCAACUCAAAGAUGCCUUAUUGACUGGUGAGGGCAGCGGUGCAACCAGGAAAAUUGCAAGGGGUCAAGCCGCUCUUCAGUUGUUAAAAGAGCUCGAGAAAAGAGGAAUUUCGAGGAAGAACCAAGGUCAAGAAAAUAGAGAUGGGGAAGUAGAUGAUAAAAACAAUGAAAAAGGUGACACGACCCCGUCGAAGCCGGAUCUUGUCAGGAAUAUGAAGAUAAUGCUCUUAGAUCCUCCGCCACCUGUAGAUGCCUCCCUUGCUAAUGAAUGUGCAAUGGAGGAACAAUCCAAUUCUAAGGUUGAAAUCCCAGUCCUAAAGUCGAUCAAUAUGAACAAGGGAGGACCAAGAACCGCUCUUUAUGAGCUGUGCAAAAAAAUGCAAUGGCCGAUCCCUACUUUAACGCCUUCAGAGCAGAAAUCAAGAUCUCUGAUUGAAAUUGGCGAAGGGGUCGAGAAAAGAACAGCGUUUAAUAGCUUUGAGUCUCAUAUAAGCUUGACGAUUCCUGAUUAUGGAGUUAUUGAACUCACCGGAGAUCCACGAGCAGAUAAGAAGAGUUCAUUCGACUCGGCUGCUCUACUCAUGCUCUAUGAGCUCCAGCGACUCCAAAAGCUCAAGAUCGGCUAGAAAGUCAACAGAUUCCAUAUGGUAAGUCAAACUAAAUCUAAAAUUGGGAAACUUAUAUUAUUUUGUCUACAAAUAUUAUGGGCAAUGGCUUAUUACAGAACUGCAGCUGUUCUUGCAAUUUUGAUGAACCUAAGAGACCUUUUUCCCCUUAAAAAUGAAGAAUAUAUAGGCCUAAACCUGUAGAACAGAUCUCGGCCAUGUGAGGUCGUACCUUUGAGACUUUUGUUGAUUGCUAGCCCUAUUUUCGGAGGUAAAAUUUCCAACCUCGAGCAUUAUGCAAGUUUCGUUUUCAGUUUGGCAUGUUUGCUCUCAGUUUGUGGGAAUUACCUUGUUUAUGGUCGUAAGAUUGCUAAAUUUGAAGCGGUUGGU